UUUUUUUUUUUUUUUUUAAGAUGAAUACACCCCGGGAACUGUAACCCAAAUGUUUCUCUGUCCGUGGAGAAGAUUUCAUUUUUGAAACAAGAUUUCUACGGAAGGUACUUAUAGACUGUCAUCAGUCACCCCUUAAAGAGAAGUUCAGCUAGAUAGACUCGAGUCGCUCAGUCACCAUAAGCUGGGUGUGUGCCAUCAUCAUGUUCUGGAAGUUUGAUUUGAACACAACAUCACAUGUGGACAAGCUGCUGGAUAAGGAGGAUGUGACGCUGCACGAGCUGAUGGAUGAAGAUGACAUCCUACAGGAGUGCAAGGCACAGAACCGCAAACUGCUGGACUUCCUCUGCCAGCAGCACUGCAUGGAGGAGCUGGUUAGCCUCAUCACACAUGAGCCCCCCGUGGACAUGGACGAGAAGGUCCGCUUCAAAUAUCCGAAUACAGCCUGUGAACUCCUGACCUCUGAUGUGCCACAGAUCAACGACAAGCUAGGAGGAGAUGAAACUUUAUUGAACAUCCUGUAUGACUUCUUGCAUCACGAGCCGCCUUUGAACCCUUUGCUUGCCAGUUUCUUCAGCAAGACUAUUGGGAAUCUCAUUGCAAGAAAAACUGAACAGGUGAUUGCAUUUUUGAGAGAUAAAGACCAAUUUAUUAGCCUGGUACUAAAGCAUAUUGAUACAUCUGCAAUGAUGGACCUGCUGCUCCGUCUGAUCAGCUGCGUGGAACCAGCACCUCUACGGCAGGAAGUAUUAAACUGGCUUAAUGAAGCAAAAGUAAUUCAGAGACUUGUGGAGCUGAUCCAUUCGAGCCAGGAUGAGGAUAGGCAAUCAAAUGCUUCCCAGACCUUGUGUGAUAUCAUAAGACUGAGCAGAGACCAGGGCAACCAGCUACAGGAGAUAUCUGAGCCUGACCCGCUUCUCACAGCACUGGAAUCGCAGGAAUGCGUGGAGCAGCUUUUGAAAAACAUGUUUGAUGGAGACCAGACUGAAAACUGCAUAGUGAAUGGAACUCAGAUUUUAUUAACGUUAUUGGAGACAAGGCGCUCUGGAGUGGAGGGACUGAUGGACUCAUUCUCUCAGGGAUUUGAAAGGUCUUACACUGUCAAUAGCAGCAUCUUACAUGGUAUUGAACCACGGCUAAAGGAUUUUCACCAGCUUCUACUCAAUCCCCCCAAGAAAAUGUCAAUCCUGACUACAAUUGGUGUCUUGGAGGAGCCAUUGGGGAAUGCUCGUCUUCAUGGAGCUCGACUAAUAGCUGCUCUGCUUCACACAAACACUCCCAGUAUUAACUAUGAACUAUGCAGACUCAAUACCAUGGAUUUAUUACUUGACUUAUUUUUUAAAUACACAUGGAAUAAUUUUUUGCACUUCCAAGUGGAACUGUGCAUAGCAGCUAUUCUCUCGCACUCAGUGCACGAAGGGAAAUCAGCAACAAAUGAUCUGGAAAAUAAAGAGGAGGUGCUGAAUGGGAAUGUGACCACAGAGGACUUGAAGACUCCAGACCACAGUCCAGAGAAUAUUAUGGUGACACAUCUGUUCCAGAAGUGCUGCCUGUUGCAAAGGAUAUUGGAUGCCUGGGAAGUCAAUGACAAAAUACAGGCAGAAGGUGGAAUGAGGCGAGGGAAUAUGGGCCACCUUACCCGAAUAGCCAAUGCUGUGGUACAGAAUAUGGAGAAGGGCCCCAUGCAGACCCAGAUCAGUGAAUUCAUUAAAGAGCUACCUGAGGAUUGCAGAGGGAGGUGGGAGAGCUUUGUAGAAGAGACGCUGAGAGAGACAAACCGGAAGAAUACAGUGGAUUUGGUGAGCACCCACCAUCUGCAUUCUUCCAGUGAGGACGAGGACAUCGAGAGCGCUUUCCCCAAUGAACUCUCCCUCCAACAGGCAUUCUCAGAGUACCAAAUCCAACAGAUGACAGCCAACUUUGUGGAUCAGUUUGGUUUCAAUGACGAAGAGUUUGCAGACCAGGAUGACAAUAUCAAUGCACCUUUUGACAGGAUUGCAGAGAUAAACUUCAACAUAGAUGCGGAUGAUGACAGUCCAAAUGCAUCCCUCUUUGAGGCCUGCUGCAAUGAACGGAUCCAACAGUUUGAUGAUAAAGAGGAGGAGGAAGAUAUCUGGGAGGAGAAGGAAAUAACCUAUGCAACCCAAGUCAAAUCAAGAACACGGUUUGGAGUGUCUCAGACCUCAGAGAGUUCCUCAAAAAGUGAUCUAGAGAAUGGGGAUCGUGAUGGCAGUGUGGACUCAGAAGAAGAGGAGGAAACAGAAGAACAAACAACACCUCUCACCGAGAACACCAACAAGAAUAAUCCUUCUGAGCAGAAAGACUCUGACUCUACUGAAGGAUCUGGGUGGACAGCUGUGUUUGAGUCUGUGAAUUCAAAACCCCCGGCACCCUGUGUGGCCAUGGAUGUUGGAUCAAGUGUAUGGGAUUCAGCAGCACCAGAGACAGCCACUCCUGAGGAGAAAGGAUGGGCAAAAUUUACAGACUUUCAACCUUUUUGUUGCUCAGAAUCAGGUCCCAGAUGUAGUUCUCCUGUGGAUACAGAAAGCAGUGACUCAGAGGGAAACCCCAAGCAGGGUCAGGACAAGAACUUCAGCGCUGCCUCACCCUGUGUUUGGAAUGUCUGUGUGGCAAGGAAGGCACCUCUGGUGGCUUCAGACAGCAGCUCAUCUGGAGGCUCAGACAGUGAGGAAGAGGAGGAUAAAGCUGAUAUCGUCACAGAAACCAUCAGUACAGGCUCGGGCCAGGAAACCAUCAAACUCACCAUGGAUGCUAAGAACGAGAAGGCUGUGUUCACCAGUGAUGCAGACUGCCUGGUUAUUGACAAGCUGACCAUCACCGACAUGGGAACGACAAAGGUGUCCAAACCACUAAACAGCAUGCCCCAGCAUUCUGAGGAGCUCCAGAACGCUGCAGCUGUCGGCAUGGCUGCCACAGAAAGCACAACAAAAGACAGGAAAGAGGAGGUCUUGCCAUGUGCUGAAGCCACAUUAAAUGGCCCUGCUUGAUGAAGCAAAUGCAAUGGGACAUGUCUGAUCCAGGCCAG